AUGAUGACGUUAAACGAAUUCAAUAAGAAUAAUACACCCGAUAGACAACAACCGCAAAGACCAAUACUUCAAUCCUCACCACCAUCAUCUUCACUGUCUCUGUUUGCUGACUAUACAACAACAACUUCCCAAUCUCAACAAUUUCCGCAAUCCUCCACCAAUUUUAUGCGCAUGGCCAGUGGUAGUGGAACAUCAAAACCAAUGGCAUCUGCAAGUAUUUGGAAUUAUUCAAAUGCAGCACAUAGAAGACAUUCAUCAAUCGAUCCAAGUAUUUGGUCGUCAUCAGCAUCCUCGAAUACCGGGGGAUUGCCUUCAUCACUGAAUAUUUGGUCAACCCUGACUACUUCACCACAACAGCAACAGCCCCAACAAGGAACGGAAAAUUAUACUGCAGGUUUGACAACUAGUAAUCGUUCCUCUCUGAUUGCUGGAUAUUCACCGCCACCUCCAGGUAUGAAUACUAGUAGUGCCGGGACUACUGCUACAUUUGAAGAAAAUGAAUAUCCUAAUGUAUCACCUACCCAAUUAUUUGAUCCAGUUCGUAGGCAUUCAUUUACUGACGGAUACACUACUGGCAGUGGUGUCACCACUAACGAAAGCACAUUACAAUUAGUUGAUGAUUAUUUUGAAACUGAUCCUCAUGAACGAGUUAAAGUUACAUUACAAUUAUUGAAUGAACGAUUUUUUGAUGAAGAAAAAUAUCUUGGUGAUGCUUAUCAAUUACCCAAAUUCCCCAUUGAAUCCUCAUUACGUAAUUAUCAAUUGAUUUUAGUUGGAUUUAAAGCCGGUAGAAUUGAUGUGUUUUAUUUACCUACUAGUCCUACACCUUUAGAAUUGAUGAAUUUAAAAGUUGGUGAUUUGGUUAUUGUUGAAGCUGAUCGAGGUCGGGAUUUGGGAAAAGUUUUCAAGAUGAAUAUUUCAAUUGAUGAAGCUAGAUUAUUGAAGUUGUUACAAUUUCAAGAACAGCAAGCUGCUUUGAAUGAACAUGAGAAUAUUUUGGAUGAUUUAUCCGUGAAGAAUAUGUCUGAACAAACUGGUGGUAAUAAUAAUGUUGCUCCUCCCACAUUACAUUUCCCAAAAUCAAUUAUUUCAUUAGCUCAACCAAAUGAAAUUAUUCAAAUUUUGAAUAAGAAACAAGAUGAAGAAAAGGCUUGUAGAUUAUGUUUGGCAAAGAUUGCUAAUGCAACUAGUAAUCAAUUGUUAAAUUCUGCCACUCCAAGUACAACUACUCAAGACUUAUUACAAAUGAAAUUAAUUGAUGCUGAAUAUCAAUUUGAUCGUAAGAAGUUGAUUUUUUAUUAUUCAACCUCAAAACGUAUUGAUUUUAGAGACUUGGUGAGGGAAUUAUUUAGAAUUUAUAAAACUAGAAUUUGGAUGUGUGCAGUUAUUGGAUUACCUUAUAAUAUUUCCAGGAAAUCAGUUAGUCCAUUAUCUGGAAAUGCAUUUACAAAUCCAUUUACCCAACCACAACAACAGCAACAACAGCAACAGCAGCAACCAAUUCAAACUCAACAACCACAAUUGAUGAAUGCUGGCCCUCCUCCUAUUCAACAACAACAACAACAGCCGCCAUUCAGGUUCGAAAGAAGAUUGAGCUAUCAACCUCCACCCACCUUUCAACAACAAUCGUAUAUGCCACCUCCACAACAAAUGCAACAGAUGCAACAACAGCAACAGGUUCCUGUAUCGUUUAGACAAGAGAAUAUGGCACCUAGAAGAUUUUCCAUUGAUUCAAGACAAUCAAUGCCACAAUAUUCAUUUGGUGGAGGACAAGCACCACAACAACAGUUACAACAACCACUUCAAACUAUUCCACAACAACAAUUAUUUGCACCUGAUUUCCAAUUACCUUCAAGAUUAAGAUCUCAAGAUCAUACUACUAGAAAUGGAAAUGAAAAAGAUGAAGAUGAUGUUGGAUUGAAUAAUAAUUCAGGUGAAGCUUUUGUUUUAAAAUCAUUAGUUGAUUCAAUUAAUCAUUAG